AUGACCCCUUUCAUCUUCGUGUCCCCGAGGCUCGGCAUCCUCAAUAGACUCCUGGGCGUGGCACCGUCGACGCUUUUCAUGUUUACCGUGGGGAUGAGCGACGUCCUCACGCUUCACUUCUUCUGGGUCGUGAGGGACGAAGGCUCGUGGCUCGAUAUCGGGUCUAAUACGAUUUGCCACUUUGUCGUGGCCAGCUUGGUGUGUGUGUUUGUUGUCUUGAUGGAAGGCGUGAGUAGCGUGAUCAUCUCCGGCGUCGAGGUCGGAUCGGAACCAUCCGAGAAACCGCUUGCCCAGGACUUGUUCUAA